AUGGAGCGGGACGACAAGAAAGCCAAGGAUGCCAUCCCAGAAUGGGACGGCAACCCUGGGCGGUGGAGACACUUCGAGACGGCUGUGAAGUGGUUCCCUCGCACGCUCAAGCGGCAGGAGAGGGACCUGGCGGCGAACCGGAUCAUUGGACGCAUGCUGCAGAGCAAGACGAUAGCGAUCAGGACGUUUGCGACCACUCUGGAUCCGGACCGAUAUGAGAAUCCGAAUGGCCACCUCCUCCUCUUGGACGACCUGAGGAGCAGCCCGCUAGGGAAGCUUCCGAUCCCGGACGCAGCCCACAAGAUCAAGCAUUACUACAAGGAUUUCAAGCGGCGCAAGGGCGAGACGGUGGGCGCGCUCUUGAUCCGGGAGCAGGACUGCUACUCGGAGAUGGUCCAGGCGCUGGAGCGCCUCCUCGAGGAGAUGGGCGACAAUGACAAGUUCAAGCAGUGCCAGGAGUGCUUCGGCUACUUCGAGCGAGUGGGCUCUACUUUCUUCGGCCACGCCUCCGGAGUCCUGAAGGUCCUCCGCGGCUUCUUCCUGCUCGAGGCGAUGGACUUCACCGAGAAGGAGAAGCAGGACGUCCGCGUGGUCACGCAGAACCGCUUGGACUUCGACGCGAUCUCCAAGGCCUUGAAGGAGCGCUGGGAGGACAAGGCGCUGGUGCAGCGGGACUUCGGACCGAGGGCUAUGCCUCGGUACGGCCCGGAGGCGGGCCAGCAGUCGGCCCUCGCCGCCGAGUUUGAUGAUGUACACGGGCCUGAUUGGUACGAUGGCUACGCGGCGGCGGUCCAGGCGUGGGAGAACGAAGGGUACGACCACCACGAGGACGAGGACGACUACGAUAUCGAGGAGGAGCCGCAGCUAGCCCCAGAGCCGGAAGGAUCCGAGGCCGUGGAUGAGGAUCUCAACCACCUCAAUGAGGAGCUCGAGGCGGCCCAGGCGAUGGCGGCAGAGCAGCCCUCGAGACCGCCGUUCACGGGUCGAGGCCCGAAGGGCGGCAAGGGCGGCAAGUACCGCGACAGGGACCGCGACCAGAAGGGCAAGAAUGCGAACUACCUGGAGUUUCACACGAUCACGCACGGGUUCGACGAGCUCCAGGGUAUGUACCAGGCAGAGCAGAACGACAGCGGCCUCGCCCCUUCUGAGGCCAUGGUUGAUUGCGGGGCUUCCGCGUCCGCCGGAGGCGAGCGCGCAGUCCAGGCUCUGGUUGCCGCCGUUGCGGCCGCGAACCCCCAGGCCAGGAUCGAGAUCAACCAAAAUGAAAGACCGUGGUUUCGUUUCGGAGACAAUAAGUGGGGCAAGGCACUGUAUAAGGUUUCGGUCGAGUUCGAGCCGGGCUUCGUUUUGGGCAUCUUCGCUCUCAGUCCUGGUGUACCUCUCGUUUUGUUGGGAAUGACUGCUCUGGAGUCGUGGCCGGCAAUCGUGAAUUUCCGAACCGGGGAGGCGGUGAUCAGGGGCCAACUGGUGCAGCUUCGCAAGACCCCAGUCAAGGGCCAUUGCAUCCUCGAUCUGGUGAAGCACGUUUCCGAGAUCUUAAACCCGACCGAGCAAAACACCGAGGGUCUUGCAAAGGCGUUUCAGAGAUGCUCCGGACUAGACCCAGGCUCAAGCGGGAGUAUCGUUUUUUAUUUACUUUUCAACGGCCAGAAGAUGGAGUACGUCACCUCGGAGGGCAAGGUCAAGGAGAGAGAUCCGGGCAGCACGCACCAGGGUCGCAAGAAGGAGAAGCAGAUGGAGCUGGACCCGGCGUUCGCGCUGCAGGCGGACCCCCGCGACCCGAGGACCACACGGGGACCGUGCGGCAAGAUGCAUCGCAAGUACUUCACGGUCAACAACCAGUGGGGCCAGACCAGGACAUGCUAUCGGUGCGGGCUGAGGCUGCUCUACAUCCCGACGACGAAGGCGCCGAUGACGAACCUUAGCAUGCAGCAUCCGAAGUUGGUGGAGUCCGGCCUGGAGUUGGUGCGGCACUGCAACCUGUGGGAGACGGCCAAUCACGAGCAGGUGACCGCGAUGAUCAACAUCGCCACCUCCCUCCGGAGGCUUCCCGGGACCGAGAUCCGCCACGCGCCGGACGCGCUGCUGGAGAUGCUGGGGGCAGCGAACCCCAGGUCGCUACUCGCAGGACUGGCCUUGGUCAUGACCGUGGGCACGAUCACCGAGGCGGUGGAGAUCUGCUGCCAUCCCAACAGCAUGCUGACCGACGAGUGCACCAAGAUCGGCCUCAGCAUGGAGAGGAUCAGCAUCGAGAACGGUUACAACCUCAGCACGAAGGCGGGGUUCGAGGCUGCUGGCAAGAAGCUGGACGAGGUGAUGCCGAAGCGGGCUUGGAUAUCGCUACCAUGCACGCUAUGGACUUCGCUCACGAAUUUCAACUACAAGACCCCAGAGGCACGUGCACGCCUAGAGAAAGACCGACUUCGAGACCGACGACGUGUGAAGUAUGGAGUUCUCCUGUUGCUAAAGAUUGUUGACAACGGAGGCGAGGUCUACUUCGAGUGGCCCCACAGGUGCCAAGGCUGGAAGAUUCCCGAGCUCAAUUUUCUUCGUAUGGAGUUGAGGCGUCGGGGCCGACACGUCUUCGAGGAUUGGAUCGACGGGUGCAUGUACGGCCUCAGGGACUACAACACCAACGAGCUCGUCGAAAAGGGCUGGAGGAUCCUGACCACCGACCCGGAGUUCUCCAAGGUCGCGACCGUGUGUGACCAUUCACACGGUCACCGAGUCAUCAACGGGAAGCAGCACACCGCAGCCACCGCCUACUACCCGCAGGCGAUGUGCAAGGCGAUCGCCCGGCUGUGGCAUGCUCAACUCCGGACACCGAUCGACCUCAACAUGGCCCUGGAGAACCCUGCUGUCCUAGACCUCGAGAAUACCUACCUGAUGGAGCGGGACACCGGGAGCAUCUACGUCGCUGAGCCCACGGAUCUCGAGAGGGAGCAGGUGCGCGCGAUGUUGAGCAGGAUCCACAAGGCUGCAGGCCACCCAGGGAACGAGCACUUGGCGUACUGGUGCAAGAAGCGGCAGUGUCCACGCUGGAUCAUCGAAGAAGCGAUCAACCUUCGCUGCGAGGCGUGCGACCUGGUCAAGCAUGGCCUCUCCCACAAGGUCAAGGCGAGCCUCGACAUCCCCAUGGCACCUUGGCAGGCAGCCGUCAUGGACGUUUCUGACCUGACGUUCCCGGACUUGAAUGUGAAGGCCCAGUUUCUCCUCAUCGCAGAGGUCGCCACCGGCCUGAUGUGCGGGGACAUCACUGCGAAGAUCGGCCUCAAGGACAAGGGCACCGAUUCGUCAGCUACGCUGUUCACGACGUUUGCCAGAGCCUACCUUCAACAUUAUCCAAAGCCAAGGUGGGUUUUCGUCGAUCCUCAGACCUCUUUUGUGGGCGGCGAGUUUAAAGACAACUGCCAGUUGGCCGGCAUCGGCGUCUCAGCGAAACCAGGAGGAGCACAUUGGAUGGCUGGCGACAUCGAGCGCCGCAUCUCGAUCGUCAAGCAGGUGAUGAGGAAGCUUCGCCUACAAUAUCCCAAGCUGAGUCCCGAGACCGUGUUUUACAUCUCGAUUGCGGCGGCCAACAACAUGGACAACAUCAAGGGCUACACGCCGAUGCAGUGGGCUUUCGGGUUUUCUCCGACCGAGGACCCUAUCUUGGCGCACAACGCAGCUACCGGCAAGUUGAAGUCCGACUUCUUCGAGAUCGAGCGGGUGCGAGCGGAUGCGGAGGCCACCUACCUGAAGGAGAAGGCGUCCAGGAAGAUCUCAGAGCUUAAGAACUCAGCCCCACGACAGGACUUCUUCACGGACGGCUUGUUCAUCGGACCGGGUCGGGUCUUGUUCUCCGAGCCGGCGGUUCAGACCGGCAACAAGGACGGCGUGAUCUGGGUCAUCAUGGGCAACCGAUGCUGGCGCUGCGCAGCUGAGCAGCUGCGGCCAGCCACGCAGUCGGAGAUCGUCCAGAUCAACCUGAAGAAGGACGACAUCCUCAACAGUCCGCUCGAGGACGUCUGGAGGCACCUCCAGGACUUUGACGACAUAGCCGGGGAGCCCUACCCAACGGCAGAUGGCAUGAGGAUGCUACCGCGUCAACCUCUUGAAGGCAUGCCGAGGGUGAUCGAGAACCCCGAUGUGGCCGUGGAACCCCACGACGUCACGGAGGCAGAGGACGACCAGGAGGUAGACGAGGCGGCGAGCGACCACGCGGAAGCCAGCGAGAUCGACAUUAUCAACUUCGUGCAGAAUCCGAAUAACGAGUCCGAGAUGGACCUGAUGAAGAUCGAGAUCGAGGCCGACCUUGAGGAGUUCUGCUUCGAUGCGAGCGCGUACUUGGAGAAGCAGCUGAACCGCGUGGCCAACAACAACACGGUCAAGAAGGGCGUGGAGGUUUCGUUUGGCCGCCUGAGCCCCGAAGACAAGCCACUGUUCCAAGAGGCAAUGGCACGGGAGCUGGCGGAACAUCUGGAAGUACCGACAGUCUGGGCUGCAUCUGCUUACGCUGACUACAAUCAUGGAAAAGAUAUCCCAGCUGACAAGCUGAUCAAGAUGAGGUGGCUACUGACCUGGAAGCCUCUGACGCCACCUGAACCGCCGGACAAGUCGGACCCACACCCCGUGAGCACGCCGGACGGGAAGUUCAAGGCGAAGGCCCGUAUCAUUCUGUUGGGCUUUUCACAUCCGGACCUUGUCAGUCGAGACAAGUUCGGAGAUCGGGUACUUCCUACGGCGUCGCCAACAAUUUCAAGAAAAGGGAAGCUGGCACUCCUCCAGAUGGCUGCUUUUCACGGCUGGACCUUCGAGCUAGCCGACGCGAAGUCUGCCUUCCUGCAGGCCGGGCACACUGAGGAGUGGAGGAAGCUCUAUACCAAGGGCGUGAAGGAGCUUCGGCAGGCCUUGCAGAUCAGCGAAGAGGAGUCCAUGCGAGUCCUGGCGGCGAUCUACGGGAUCACGAAUGCGCCGUGGGUCUUCUGGAAGUAUGUGGACCACAAGAUCCACGAGGCAGGAG